ACGAUUUCAUGCAAGUGUCGCGUUUUUCUCGUCUUUGCCUUGUAUUUACGAGUUGAAAAAUAUACCGUACGAAUACGUGGAUGCGCGUUUCAACAAAUUUACCUUCUCCUCGGUUCGUGCGUCAUGAAAUUUCGACUUAUACGUUUAUCGUUAACAGUUUAAGAAAUUAAUACGGGUGGAAGUGUAUGCGCGAAAUUUCUAUACGGACUGGUUCAUGUUAGGGACAAUGUCAUUAUUCAAUAAACCGAAGAGGAAUAUCCGUCGUCGGCACUUCAACGACGAUGACGAGGAUAACGAAAACAGAAUGGAAGUGGAGGACACACAACCAUUAAAAUCUAAAACAAAGAAGAAGGAUAAGCCGAAGCAGACGCUCCUUAGUUUUGGAGAGGAGCUGGAAGAAGCAGAUGAUGGUGAAGUCUUUAAAGUGAAGAAGUCAUCAAGGAGCAAAAAAUUGAUGAAACAACUAGAUCACGAGAGGAGAAAAAAGAAAGGUGAAGAGAAAAUGCAAGUGGACUCUGAGCAAGCAAACAUGUCCAUUAAACAGGAAAAAGAUUUAGAAAUAAAGACAGAUGAUCUAGUAGUCAAAAUAAAAAACACGGGACCCUUAAUCUUAAAUGGACGAGCUGCGUUGGCAGCUGGAAAGGAUGACUAUACGUCCGAUGAAGAGGACGAUGAACCACGUAGUCACAAGUUUCGAAGAAAUACGGACAAAGCUGACACAAUGAAAAUUCUUCUUGAAAGUGGUUGCAUACCCGAUGCUGCUAUGAUCCAUGCAGCCAGAAAAUGCAGACAAAAGGCAAGAGAAUUAGGAACUGAUUAUAUUCCUAUAGAAGAACAAAGCGAUGAUAAGGGCAAAUCAAGACUUAUUAGGGAAGAAGACCAUGAUAGAAGUGACGACGAUGAUUCUCAAGAUCGAAUUGAUAUGACCGUUAACACUGAAGCACGCGAUAAAGAAAAGAGAAGAGAAGCAUUUCUCGCCUCGCAAGUUCCAAUAAAACUUUCAGACGACGAAAGUGAGCAUGAAAACGAAGAAGAAGAAUGGGAAGCUCAACAAAUUCGGAAAGGUGUAACAGGUGCACAGAUUGCAGCGGCGCAACAAGAUUCUAUGAUGCAGCAGCAAUACUCGUUGGGUAUUAAUGUGAAUCAGAUAAUUGGAAGUGGAGUACCUUUAGAAAUGGUAAUGAUGCCAGCUCCGCCACCUCCACCGACAAUUCAACCACCAGAUCCAACAAAGAUAGUACCAAUUACUCCACACGAAGUUGUCAAUAAGAUGCGUGCAAGAUUGGACAGUUUGAAAGGGGUACAUCGACGUCAUCAGUUAGAUCAGGAUCGUUUAGAACAAGAGUUAGGGCAAACUAUAGAGGAGUUGGACGAUGGUGAAAUCCGUGCACCGCAGCUUGCACAGCGCUUCAGAUAUUACCAAGAGUUGCGUGGGUAUGUCACUGACUUGGUAGAGUGUCUUGAUGAGAAGCUGCCUCUGGUUGUCGGAUUGGAGCAACGCUGGUUAGAUCUUUAUAGUGAACGCGCGACCGAACUAAUGGAGAGAAGACGGCAGGAUACAAGAGAUCAAGCGGAAGAAAUUACAACAGCUGCGAGAGGUCAACCUAUACGAAGAGGUCCCGAAGUCGAAGCUCGUAUUCGUCGAGCAACAGAAAGAGAAGGAAGAAGAGCUCGUCGAAGAAGAGCUAGAGAAUUAGCUCCGACAUUACCGAAACACAUCGACGGAAUGUCGAGUGACGAUGAAGUCACUGAACAGCAAAAUCUUGCUUUUAAACAGACGAAAGAUGAGAUCGAUAACGAAAGUAAAGACAUAUUUGCUGAUGUCAUGGAUGACUAUUGCACGUUAAGAGGAAUACUAUCGAAAUUUGAGUCUUGGAGAGAGACAGAUAAAGACGCCUAUAUGGAGGCUUAUGUUUCCUUAUGUAUACCUAAAAUGAUAUCCCCUAUUGUUAGAUUGCAAUUGCUUACGUGGAAUCCAAUUAUGGAAAGCGCUGAUAUAGAAAGAACAAAAUGGUACAACACAUUGCUGGUAUACGCGUUAGAUAAUAAAGAAACAGAAGAAUCACUUAAAAGGGAUCCAGAUGUUAGAUUGGUACCAUCGACAGUGGAAAAGAUUGUCCUGCCUAGAUUAACAUCUGUAGUCGAGAAAAUUUGGGAUCCAAUGUCUACGUCACAGACACUACGACUUGUAGGCACAGUAAAUCGUCUUAUUAGGGAAUAUCCGAAUUUAAACGACACAAGUAAACAAUUAGAAACAUUAUUUAAUGCCAUAUUAGAGAAAAUUAAAGCUGCAGUUGAGAAUGAUGUUUUCAUACCGAUUUUUCCGAAACAAGUUCUGGACACUAAACAUCAAUUUUUCCAAAGACAAUUUGCGAUGGCUGUAAAACUAUUGAGAAAUUUAUUAAGUUGGCAAGGCCUUCUUGGAGACACACAAUUGAAAAAUUUGGCACUUGGUUCAUUAUUAAAUCGAUAUCUUUUAGCCGGUUUAAGAGUGUCUGCUCCAACUGAUGCUUUAUUUAAAGCAAAUAUGGUAAUGAGUACGUUGCCUCGUGCAUGGUUGCAAGGCGAAACAAUAGAACAUCUAAGAAUGUUUGCUACGCUUAUUCAACAACUUAGUGAACAAUUAGAUCAAGCGAAUCCAGCGCAUAAUGAAGCCUGGGAAUAUUCGAAGUCCAUUCUGAAAAUAAUCAAGCCUUUGUAAUGUAUUUAUCUUGUAUGCAUUUCUGAAUAAUAUUUUACGGUAAUUUUAUUUUACGAUAUUCAUUAAUCCGCCUAUCUAUAAUUUUGUACGCACCUGAGAGGACUUGUACAUGCCGAA